UCACCAGGCAUCAGGUCAUUUGGCUCGACAGCGGGCACCGCGUCAUCUGGCAAGGCAGUGGGCUCCGAGUCAACAGGCACGACAGUGGGCACCGGGUCAUCAGGUACCGGAUUGUCUGGCUCGACAGCAGGCAUCGGGUCACCAGGUAUGACAGCGGGCACUGGGUCACCAGGCAUCAGGUCAUUUGGCUCGCCAGCGGGCACCGCGUCAUCUGGCAAGGCAGUGGGCACCGAGUCACCAGGUACGACAGCGGGCUCUGAGUCAAUUGGCACGACAGCGGGCACCGGAUCAGGUACCGGAUCAUCUGGAUCAACAGCGGGCAUCGAGUCAACUGGCCUAAUAGCAUCGUCAGGCUGGAUCAGUUACAGUACAUACAAGCAAGCGUCGUCAGGCAGGCCGACAAGCAGCGUAGUACAGAGGGUCAGGCAGAGGGGAUGGUCAGGGUCACAAGCCAGGGAUCAGAACAGGUAGCAAGCAGCGUAGUACAGAGGGUCAGGCAGAGAGGGAUGGUCAGGGUCACAAGCCAGGGAUCAGAACAGGUAG